CCAUCGCUCUCACACUCACUAGGUGUAAGAAAAACACACACACACACAGCGAGAGAGAGCAGUGUUUAAUUUGUUGUAUUUGUGUUUCAGUUGGGAGUUUGAAAUGGUUGCGUGAAGAAGAAGAGUGGUAUCUUUAUGUUUUCUUGAUAGAUUAAUUAUUAAAAAAAAAAAAAAACGCAGCACACACAGUGAUAAUCAUCAUCAUCAAUCAUCAUCAUGGGAAGGAAAGACAGCCAACCCCAGAGAGAGAAACAGAGAGUUCAAUCCGUCGUUGAGCUUCUCAAGAAACAAUCCCCUCUCACCAUCAAGCAGGAGAAGUUCUGCAGCAAUGCUUGCGUUGAGAGGUUUCUGAAGGCGAAAGGAGAUAAUGUGAAGAAAGCGGCUAAGCAAAUGAGGGCUUCUCUUGCUUGGCGAGACUCCAUUGGAGCUGAUAAUUUGAUAGCUGAUGAGUUCUCUGCUGAGCUCGCUGAGGGAGUAGCUUAUGUUGCUGGUAAUGACGAUGAAUUAAGACCUGUUGUGAUAUUUCGAAUCAAGCAAGAUUACCAGAAAUUCCAUUCUCAGAAACUGUUUACAAGGUUGCUAGUGUUCACACUAGAAGUGGCCAUUCAAACUAUGACCAAAAAUAUUGAGCAAUUUGUUCUCCUCUUUGAUGCCAGCUUUUUCAGGUCAGCUUCGUCUUUUAUGAACAUGUUAUUAGCUACUUUGAAGAUUCUUGGUGAUCAUUAUCCUGGCCGCCUUCACAAGGCAUUUGUGAUUGAUCCACCUUCUCUCUUUUCCUAUCUUUGGAAGGGAGUGAAGCCGUUCGUCGAGCUGUCGUCGUCGACCGCGAUCGUGUCCUCCCUCGACUUCGAGGAAUCGAUCGAGUUCGACGACCUGAGCUGCUACCCGCGCGCGGCCUCGCUCCGGUUCGACCCCUCGACCGCGGCCAAGCUCGGGUCGUGCUCCUCGUCCCGGUUCUCGUUCACCGUGUCGCACCACCUCGACUCGCUGAAGCCGUGGUACCUCUCGUUCGCGGACACGUCCGCAUCCAAGGUGGGGCCCACGACGAGCCACCACCACCACCCCGUGGCGUUCUCGGGACCCGCCAUCUCGCCGCUCAGCGCCAGGUCGUACUCGUUCGCCUCGCCCGUGGCGAGGGGCCCGCCGCGGGGAGACUUCGACUUGGGGGGGAGGAAGGGCUUCUUCCCGUCGACCCCGAUGCCGCAGAGGACUCAAAAAUUGGACUUCGACCCGUCCGCGAUCCGUCAUCCGAGGACCCCGAACCCGUCGUUCCUAAAAUCGCCGGCCUUGUUCUUUCGGAGGGACUCCCAACCGAGCCGUGUCGAGAAGUCCCGCGAUUCGUUCGCCCCGUUCUUGAAGUUCUACCGACGGCCCUACGAUGAGAUGAUCUACCGAUCGAAGAUGAGGCCCCCCCUCGGGGGCCUCAUCUCGAUCGUGUCGCCUCAGCUCAGACGCAACCGACACAUCUCGAUGUCGCAAAGGUUUUGAAGUUUCUCUCAUCAUCAAGGAAAAGAGUACAUACUUGUAUCAUCUUCAAUUAACCCAAAAGGUCUCUUACGUAACUGAUUCAAUAUUUGUUUUACCUAAAUCUUGGAAGCUCAAAAGGAUAAUGCUUUUGCAUAGUACAUAAGGGGAAAAAGAUCAUUUGACCUUCAAAUUCUUACUGAACAGCUGUAUUGCCUACAAGCACAUGUUUAGCUCACAUGUUUGCAGAUAUUCAUGUAAUGAUUUCUAUUCUCUAGUAAUAUCCUUUCGUCCUCAAGGAAUAAUCAUUGCAUUUCAAA